AUGGACUGCAUCGAGGUCUUCAACGGCUACACGUGGUCGCGGACGACGGCGCUGCACUGGGAGUACCCGCUCGCCGCGGUCGCGCUCUACGUCGCGCUGAUCCCGGUCCUCAAGGCGUCGAUCGCCGAGCCCGUCAAGAUCCCGCGGUUCGCCCUCUGCUGGAACCUGGGGCUGAGCCUGUUUUCCCUCUGCGGCCUCGUCGCCUGCGCGCCGGUGCUCCUCAACGAGCUCCGGGCCAACGGCUUCUACUUCACGACGUGCGCGCCCGCGCCGUGGUACGGCGGCGGCUACCACGGCAUGUUCGUGGCGCUCUUCAUCUAUUCCAAGUUCGUCGAGCUCGUGGACACGGCGAUCAUCCUGUUGGGGAAGCGGCAGGUCAUCCUCCUGCACUGGUGGCACCACGUCACGGUGCUGCUCUACUGCUGGCACUCGUACGCGACGCAAAUCGCCACGGGCCUCUGGUUCGCGACGAUGAACUACUGCGUGCACAGCAUCAUGUACGCCUACUUCGCGUGCAUGGGCGUGCCGAACCUGCGGCCGAAGGUGAAGAAGUUCGCGAUCUACAUCACGCUCUUGCAGCUCGCGCAGAUGGUCGUCGGCAUCUUCGUCACGGUCCGCGCGGUGCUCUACCAGGCCGGCGGCCUCGACUGCCGCGUGAACAAGACCAACUCCGUCCUCGGCCUCGCCAUGUACUCGUCCUACUUCCUCCUCUUCGGCAAGCUCUUCUUCGAGAACUACGUCCUCAAGAGAUCAAAGGCCAAGGCGGCCUAG